CAACAUGCAACAUUGAGACCUUUCUCGGCGAAGUGGAAAGUGUAUGCGCUUCGCGCUUGUCAUGAAUUUGUGAGGUGAAAAAUGGGAGGAUAGUAAGUAGGUCGAUCAGGUCGUCGGCCUCGUCGCCAGCAGAAGAAACGCGACAUCAACAACAGAACGUGCGGGGCAAAUUCCAAAACCACUCAAAACACCUGUUAACUCAUCAGUCUCCGUCUGUCAUCUGACAAAACUUCCGCAGAGGUACCUAUCGCUGGAAAAAAUCUGAAAAAAAUAAAUGGAUUGACGUCCUUUUUCUUAAAUAUUUUCUGAUGGUAAAAUGCAGUUAACAGUUGUGCCUCAUGAAGAGAAUAUUUUCACUAUCCAAAAAAGUUGUUUGUCGCAAUGGACAGUUUUUGGUGAAAAAAAUUCAGAUGAAUCACAUAGAGACGGAAGAUUUGCUCUUGUUCAAAUCUCAGAUGUUGCAUUCUGUGUGUGCAAACUAUUUUUCCAGCGAGAGGUCCAUCCUUCAUAUGUCCAUUUAGACACAAGUGUAAUACAUUUCAAAAGUGAAGAAGCUCAUGCCUUACCAAAAUUUCCAUUGUCUAUUUCUGAUGGACUAGUACAUGACAACAAAAUACAAAUCCUUCCUCAAGUAGUUCCUCUUAAGAAAUUAAACCUGACUGUGAUUGUUCAAAAUCUGGUGGAUAUAAGAAAAUGGAAGAGAGACGAGCAGAAAUUAAAAGAAAUAGUACUGGAAAUACUGAAAAUGUAUGUUGUCACCAAAGAUAGUGUUGUAUUUUUGAGGAAUUUGAAAGAUAGCUUACGUCAUGGAAUCCAUAGUUUAGUUGUUCAUUCAUGCCAUCCUUCUCAAGAACUGAGUCCUGGUCAAGUUACUUCGAAGUCUGAAAUAUCAAUUGUGCGAAUUGUAAGCAAGUUGAGGUUUGAACAAGGCUUGGAACGAUCUAUGGUGCCUAAAAUGGGUGGCCUAGAGAAGUCUGCUUUGUUAUUAAAGGAUAUCAUAAAUUCAAAUAUAAAAUAUAAAAGAACAUUCAACAAAUGCCCAUUGAAGCCCACCAGGCAGGUCUUAUUGACAGGCCCACCUGGUUGUGGCAAGACAGCAUUGGUAAGGCAGGUAGCAGCAGAGUGUGAAGCUACACUUUUAACAGUUUUGGGAUCAGAGACAACAUCCUCUAAACCCGGUGCAUCAGAAGAGGCUUUGAGAAAGAUUUUUGAUGAGGCUUCCAUUCUGGCUGAGGAACAUGAGAGUGGUGUGUGCAUACUCCUCUUGGAUGAAAUUGAUUCCAUAUGUAUUCGUAGAGAUUCAUCCCAGAGUUCUUCACACUCUGUAAGGAAUACAGUUCUGCUUCUGUCUUUGUUAGAUGAAGCUAAUAAUUUUCCAGGCCUUAUUGUAAUUGCAACCACAAAUAAAGCCAACAGUCUAGAUCCAUCCGCUCGAAGACCAGGGCGACUUGAAACUGAAGUCUUAAUAAGUGUGCCCACUCAACAUGAGAGAGAAGCCAUAAUGGAAGUGCUAGUAAAGGGAUUGGCAUUAGAUCCUUCAACUGCAAAUGAUGUUGCUAAAUAUGUGGCAGCCAUCACACCUGGGUAUGUUGGAGCUGAUUUAGCUCUUGUUUGUCAGGAAGUCGCUCUUCAAAAUUACCGAAGAAACAGUAUUCAUGUUUCCUCAACGGGACCUCCGCUUCCAAAUAAUGUGUGGUCCUUAGCUUUCAAGCGAGCAGUGUCUAAAAUAAAACCCUCAGCACUACGAAGUGGCCUUGGGGUUGUUUUAACAUCUCCAAUGAGUAUGGAUGCCAUUGGAGGUCUACAGGCAAUCAAGAAUGAACUGCGUGUUGCAAUUGAGUGGCCCUUAACUCAUCCAGAUGCAUUCACUCGCAUGGGGCUUCCAGAGCCCAAAGGUGUCCUGCUGUACGGUCCUCCUGGGUGCGCUAAGACAAGCAUAGCUAAGGCUCUAGCUUCAGCUACCAAUACAACAUUUCUUUCAGUCUCAGCAGCAGACUUGUUUUCUCCUUAUGUUGGUGAGGCAGAGAGAUCUGUCGCUGAACUGUUCCAUCGCGCUCGCACUGGCGCCCCUAGCAUUCUAUUCAUUGAUGAAUUAGAUGCCCUUGUUGGAUGUCGUGGUGAGAAGGAGGCAGGAGCUCAAGAACGAGUACUAUCAGCAUUUCUGACGGAAAUGGAUGGUAUAGGAAUACGUUUAGAAGGCGUGAAAGUAGAUGAUGAAGAAAAAAAACUAACAGAAGGGGUUGCAUUCGACCAUGACAAAGAGGUGCCAAAGCAGUCAGGGAAAGUAAGCAAUGUUGGAGUAGUAGUAAUAGCUGCUACUAAUCGCCCAGACAUGAUAGACAGUGCUCUCUUGAGACCAGGGCGCUUUGACAAGCUCCUGUAUGUCCCUGCCCCAAAUACUAAAGAAAGACAAGAAAUUCUGCGAAGUGUUACGAUGAACAUGCCUCUUGAUAGUUCUGUCGACUUGCAAGACCUGGCACAAAGAACAAAUUUAUUUUCUGGAGCUGAUUUAUCAAAUCUUUGCAAAGAGGCUGGUCUCUGUGCUCUCUCCCUGGAUGGUAUGUCUGUGGCACAAAUAAGCCAUCAUCACUUUGAAAUAGCUCUUUCAAGAAUACGUCCAUCUCUUACUGAGGAACAAAUAAGGUGGUAUGAAGAUUAUAAAAAGUCUUCAUGA